UGGCUCCAGGGCACUUCCUCUGGUUUAGGAAAGCAAGUCCCUGGAUAAGAAUGACAAGAUGAUCAUUCCAAAAGGAUAAAUCUUGAUGAUUUUCUCUGGGACUCCAAUAUAUGAGUUCAUCACUCAAGAGUUGUAGCAGUUUCAAGGCAUGGGUGAUAAUGAUGACCUUGAUGAAGACCAUCUUACAAGUUAUGAUAUUCAGCUCAGUAUUCAAGAAUCGAUUGAAGCCAGCAAGAAUGUAUUUUAUCCCGAAAGAUUUGUACCCUUAAGUGAGCAAAACAGAAAACUUGUGGAGGCAAUAAAGCAAGGUCACAUUCUUGAGCUCCAGGAAUAUGUGAAGUGUAAAUAUGCUCUGGAUGAAGCUGAUGAAAAAGGAUGGUUUCCACUGCAUGAAGCUGUUGUUCAACCCUUUCAACAAAUACUUGAGAUUGUUCUGGAUGCAUCCUAUAAGACUCUGUGGGAAUUCAAGACCUGUGAUGGAGAAACACCCUUGACUUUGGCAGUCAAAGCUGGUAUGGUGGAAAAUGUAAGAAUUUUACUAGAGAAGGGUGUGUGGCCCAACACGAAAAAUGACAAAGGAGAGACACCGCUUCUGAUUGCUGUUAAAAAGGGCUCCUAUGACAUGGUAUCUGCUCUGAUCAAACACAACACCAGCCUUGAUCAGCCCUGCGUCAAGCGAUGGUCAGCAAUGCAUGAAGCAGCCAAGCAAGGCCGAAAGGACAUCAUAGCUCUGCUGCUGAGGCAUGGAGGCAAUGUGCACCUGAGAGAUGGGUUUGGAGUCACACCAUUAGGUGUUGCUGCUGAGUAUGGUCACUGUGAUGUAUUAGAGCAUCUAAUCCACAAAGGCGGUGAUGUGCUUGCUUUGGCAGAUGAUGGGGCAUCACUGUUGUUUGAGGCAGCCGGAAGUGGCAACCCUGACUGCAUUUCCCUCCUGCUGGAAUAUGGAGGAAGUGGCAAUGUGCCUAACAGAGCAGGUCAUCUUCCUAUACACCGAGCUGCCUAUGAGGGACAUUAUCUGGCACUGAAAUAUCUCAUCCCGGUAACAUCCAAACAUGCAAUUGAGAAAAGUGGACUAACUCCAAUCCACUCAGCUGCAGAUGGACAGAACGCACAGUGCCUAGAACUACUCAUUGAAAAUGGGUUUGAUGUCAACACCCUACUUGCUGAGCACAUCUCCCAGAGCUACGAUGAUGAGAGGAAGACUGCACUGUAUUUUGCAGUUUCUAAUAAUGAUAUCCAUUGCACAGAAGUCCUUCUGACUGCGGGUGCAGACCCAAACCUAGAUCCCCUCAACUGCUUACUUGUGGCAGUCAGAGCCAAUAAUCAUGAAAUUGUCCGGCUACUUCUCUCCUAUGGAGCUAAUGUUAAUUGUUAUUUUAUGCAUGUGAAUGACACUCAUUUCCCCAGUGCCAUUCAGUAUGCCCUAAAUGAUGAAGUAAUGCUGAGGCUAUUGCUGAAUAAUGGCUAUCAUGUGGAGAUGUGCUUUGACUGCAUGCAUGGGGACAUCUUUGGAAAUUCAUUUGUGUGGUCGGAGAUAGAGGAAGAGGUAGUUCCAGGAUGGACAUCUUGUGUGAUAAAAGACAACCCGUUUUGUGAGUUUAUUACAGUUCCUUGGAUGAAACACUUAGUAGGCAGCGUUAUUCGAAUACUAAUAGAUUACAUGGAUUAUGUCCCCCUUUGUGCUAAACUGAAGUCUGCACUAGAAGUUCAGAGAGAAUGGCCAGAAAUCCGCCAAAUACUAGAGAAUCCUUGUUCGCUACAGCAUUUAUGCCGGUUAAAAAUCCGAAGACUUAUGGGACUCCAGCGACUCUGCCAGCCAGACUUAAUGAAGAGGCUUCCUCUACCACCAGUUAUUCAAAAAUACAUAUUAUUUAAAGAGUAUGAUCUCUAUGGGCAAGAGCUAAAAUUGCCAGAAUUUUAAAAUACUAUUUUAAAACAUGAUUUUAAAAAAUAUUUAAAAAUAUGAUUCCCUCAGAGAAUUGCUUAGAAUCAUUUUACAACCUUAAGUGAAUUUAAAGUCACUGUCAAUUUUAUAGUGGAUCACAUGUUCUUAUGGGAAUGAUGUAUUUUAUGUCUAAGGAUCUUUACAUUUUUAAGUGAAUAUUUGUAUUUGUAUUUCUGUUGAUUAUCUUAACUUCCUAUGAGUCUUCAAAGUCUCCCUAUCAAGUGACUCCUACAAUAGCCACAAUCAACUCUCUAUAUUAAAAAAAAUAAUAAUCAUCCUUUGCUCAAACCUACAUCUCCCACCAGGUGCUGGCCUAUUUCUCUCUUCUCUUUGAUAGCCCCACUGAAUAAAAAGCUCCAGUUUCCUGCACCGGCAUCUGGACUCUGUUGCCUCCAGUGCUCCAAGGUCCCUAACUAUAUUCUUGUUGCCAAACGCAGUGAGCAUUCUUCAGUCCCUUUUCCAAUUGAUUCCUGUAGCAUCUGACGCUGUGGUCUGCUUUCCUCUUUUUCUUCUAAUGCUAUGUCCUCUGGGAAAUUUCCUCCACUUUCUUGACUUCAGUCAUUUUCCUGGUGACUACAACCUUUAUGCUGAAAGCACAGCACUUCUUCUCAUGUGCUUGAGGCCUCGGUAGACAACUGGCCUAUGGACAUUUGAACAAAAACACAUCUCAAAUUCAAUAGGACCCCAAAUGAAAUUACCACUUUCCUUCAUAAAAAGCCCUGUUCUCUUGCGUUUUCUCAGUAGUUAGCACAAUGAUCAACUCAAUUUCCAAAAGAAAAAGCCUGGACCAGGAUUGCCCCAUUUUUUUCAUCUGCUAUAACAAAUUACCAAAUCCUGGUAUCUCUUGAAGUCAUCUACUGACAUGUAGGCUCCCUGAUUUGGCUCAAUUUCUGGCUAUUACCUUUUCUUCCCUGGCAUUACACAGUUCAGCUUAUCUGGCUUGCACACCUUCUGUCUUGCCCAAACACACACAUCCUUACACACAGCAUCUCAGACAGAUUUAUCACAAAUCUAAAUAGAGUUUCACUCCCCCUUGCUCUGAGGAUAAAGUCCAAGGUUUUCACAUGGCUCUUCACGCUCUCACUCCUGCCUUCUCCUUAACCUUAUCUCUUGAUGUCCUCCUUUUCCUCCCUCCUCUUUAGUCAAGAAGUUUAUUCUUUGAACAGUGACUCCCAGAUUUGAAAUUUUAUAUAGUACAGCAGUAGUUUUUGUUCCUUUAAUUAAAAAAAAAAGAUCAUCUAUUUCAAAAAAUGCUACCAUGGUCAUUUCAUAAGAGGGGGUCAUUUUCAUGCCAGAAAAUAAAAUGGUCACAAACCCAGUCAUUAAACUGUAGUGACUUUAACAUUGAAAAGACAUACAGCAUUUUCCUCAUUUUCCCAGUGAUGGGUAAAAAUGGAAUCAUGGCCCAAGAAGUAACUGAGGACCUUUGUGUGAGAAGCACUGCUGUAGAAUAGACCUGUAGAAUAGGUGCCUCCUGGACCUCGGGGUCUUUGCCUUUCCUCUCCUCCUACCUGAACCUUCUUUCUACUUCCUUUUGCCCUUCUUGGCCAGAUGAACUCCCCUCACCCUGCAGAGCCCAGGUUAGAUGUGGCUUCCUCUAGCUUGAGAGGCUACUACCCAGAAUUUCUGCUGUUUUGUUCUUGUACGUCUUCCCCCCUAGACUGUACGCUCCAUGAGAGCAGGGUCUACAUCUGUUUGUCCCCAGAAUUUCUUCAGGACCAAACACAUUCCCUAAAGCAGAGGGUGUACAGCAAUUAUUUGUUGCACAUAUCAACUGAAUGAAUGCCGUAAAAGACCCACAGAAAAAUAAUCAGUAACCUCAUGCUCAAAUGAUAAUUUUGAAUUUGUGAAUUGGUUAAUAUAAUCAUUUAGAUUUAUUAUUAUCAGAUUUUAAUAAUGUAUUUUCUCAUAUUUAUUUUUAGAGGUUCCUAUAUUUUUCAAUAAGAAUACCUCACUGGUUUGUAAAGUUUUCAACUUGUAUUUAAUUUUGGCUAUUUUUGAAAGGUAAAUAAGUAUAAAAAAGGACACAGUUAAGGCUAUAAUUUUAACCUCUUA